AUGUGGAGAGUCCGGAAAAGGGGCUACUUUGGGAUUUGGUCAUUUCCCUUAAUAAUCGCCGCUGUCUGUGCUCAGAGUGUCAAUGACCCUAGUAAUAUGUCGCUGGUUAAAGAAACGGUGGACAGACUGUUGAAAGGCUAUGACAUUCGUCUGAGACCAGAUUUUGGAGGUCCUCCUGUGGCUGUAGGAAUGAACAUUGAUAUUGCCAGCAUUGAUAUGGUUUCUGAGGUCAAUAUGGACUAUACUUUGACUAUGUAUUUUCAGCAAGCCUGGAGAGAUAAGAGGCUAUCCUACAAUGUAAUCCCUUUAAACUUGACUUUGGACAAUCGAGUGGCAGACCAGCUCUGGGUGCCUGACACCUACUUCUUGAAUGAUAAGAAGUCAUUUGUUCAUGGAGUUACAGUCAAAAACCGUAUGAUUCGACUGCAUCCAGAUGGCACUGUCCUGUAUGGCCUCCGAAUCACAACUACAGCUGCCUGCAUGAUGGACCUAAGGCGGUAUCCACUGGAUGAACAAAAUUGCACAUUGGAGAUUGAAAGCUAUGGCUACACAACUGAUGACAUUGAAUUUUACUGGCGUGGUGAUGACAAUGCAGUCACAGGAGUGACGAAGAUUGAGCUUCCUCAGUUCUCUAUCGUAGAUUAUAAACUCAUCACCAAGAAAGUUGUUUUCUCUACAGGUUCUUAUCCCAGAUUGUCUCUAAGCUUUAAGCUGAAAAGAAACAUUGGCUACUUCAUCCUGCAGACAUACAUGCCGUCCAUUCUGAUUACCAUCCUCUCUUGGGUCUCCUUUUGGAUUAACUAUGAUGCUUCUGCUGCACGGGUUGCAUUAGGAAUUACAACUGUCCUAACUAUGACCACGAUCAACACCCACCUCCGGGAGACUCUCCCUAAAAUCCCCUAUGUAAAAGCCAUUGACAUGUACCUGAUGGGGUGCUUCGUCUUUGUCUUUAUGGCCCUUCUGGAAUAUGCUUUGGUCAACUACAUCUUCUUUGGGAGAGGACCCCAGCGCCAAAAGAAAGCAGCGGAGAAAGCUGCCAGUGCCAACAAUGAGAAGAUGCGCCUGGAUGUCAACAAGAUUUUUUAUAAAGAUAUUAAAUCAAAUGGGACCCAGUAUCUAUCCGUGUGGGACCCUACUGGAAACCUCUCCCCAACUAGACGGACUACCAAUUACGAUUUCUCUCUGUAUACAAUGGACCCCCACGAGAACAUCUUACUCAGCACUCUUGAGAUCAAAAACGAGAUGGCCACAUCAGAAGCGGUAAUGGGACUUGGAGACCCCAGGAGCACAAUGCUUGCUUAUGAUGCCUCCAGCAUCCAGUAUCGGAAAGCUGGGCUGCCUAGGCAUAGUUUUGGCCGCAAUGCUCUGGAGCGACAUGUGGCACAAAAGAAAAGUCGCCUGAGGAGACGUGCCUCUCAACUGAAAAUCACCAUCCCUGACUUGACUGAUGUGAACGCCAUUGAUCGGUGGUCCCGCAUUUUCUUCCCUGUGGUGUUUUCCUUCUUCAACAUCGUCUAUUGGCUUUAUUAUGUGAACUAA